UAAAAUACUAUAAAAUUUUCAAACCCGAAUGACAGGAACAAGUUUUUAACACAAAUGCGCCACACACGGUGGCACCCGUGGUUUUUUAUAGAGUACUAAUUCUCUUUGAUGGCGACAUCACGUUACAAAAUUCUCUUUGUGUUUAGAGUUUUGGGCUGCACAGAUCCACUGGCGCCAAAUGCUACAUGUUGUCUUCAACCCAGCUGCAAAUUGCUUGGGGUUUGGUAGACCUUUACUGGAGACAGAGGUCGGACCCAGAUUCAAGCUUCUCCAGGGUGUCGGAGCUCAUUUCAGUGUGUUGGUUCCGGAUCAUAGGCGUCAUCGACCGCAAGGAACUCACGCCACGCACACACUACGCGGGAUACCUCGUCUUCAAGCUCGCCCACGACGCCUCCGGCCUCAGCUCCCCGCGACAGGUGUCCUUCGUCGAUGUCGGCGGCCAACGGAUGGGGCUUGUCCGCGCGGUGUCUUUCCAUCCCUGCAACCGCCCUUCUUGCACGGCGAUGACCGCCGGAGAAGCGCCACAUGAGCACGAGGAAGAAGGCGGCGGCGGCGUACGCGUCGUGAGGUACCCACGACAACGGACGGACGGCUGGUUGGAGCUUGAGAUGGGCGACUUCCGCACCAUCGCCGGUGCUGAUGAUGAUAGUGCGGCCGAUGUAAGAAUGGAAGUGUGUGAGAUCGAGGAGCUGCUGUGGAAGAAGAGGCUCAUCUUCCAAGGGAUCGAGAUAAGGCCUAAGAAUUGAUUUACAAAAGGAGCAUGUGCACUACGUACUACUUUGCACGUCAAUGAUUAAGUUAAGUUGUUGUACACAAAUCGGGGGCCAUGAUAAUAAAAUGUGUUUAGUAAUUUGCAAGGUUAAUUCCCCUGACUCUUUUUGGGGCAUGUUUUUGUCUGACGAAAUCAACA